GACCCAAAUCUCAAGAUCCUGAACGUAAAUGCUAGAUUUCCUGGAGCCAGACAUGACGCUUAUAUUUGGAGUGCUUCUGCUGCGCGUGGUGUUAUGGAACGCGCAUAUCAUGAUCGCGGCGAAAGAAGAACGUAUCUCAUUGGCGAUUCAGGAUAUCCAUUAGAACCCUGGCUGUUAACUCCUUUGCCUCAUGAGCCUGAAGGAACUCCACGAUUCUUGUAUAACGAGGCAUUAUGCAGUGCAAGAAAUUGCGUGGAACGAUUGUUUGGAGUACUUAAAAGCACAUGGAGAUGCCUUUCCAAGCACAGGGUCUUACAGUACGAACCUGGCUUUGCAGGAAGAAUCGUUAAUGCGUGUGCAGUUCUACACAAUAUGCGCAUUGCUGGCGGUAUACUUGACGAUCCGUUUGAAGACUACGCAAACGGAG